AUGAUUGAGGCAAACGAAGACCAAUCUAAUAGUAUAUUGGAAACAAAUUGUAUUGCAUCUAACUUUGCUGACAAAUAUGGUAGGUGCAGACAGUCGUGUAUGCAACGCCACUUACAUUCGUUUCUCACUGGUAAACGAUUGGAAGGUAUACUCAAAUCAACUGAAUCUGCACCAGCAGGAGAUAAUAUUGUAGACGUCGUUUUAGCUACAUUAACUGGACAAAAAUUGCACAAUAAAUCUUCAGCAAAGCUUUACCCUGAGGAUAAAGUUAUAUCGCAAUUGGGGAGAGAGAAUUACGCAGAAUUUAAGACGCAAAUGAUCAGGUGUGAAUAUAAUUGCGCAGAAACAUAUUUAAAUCUAUUCGAAUAG